AUGGGUUCUAACAAUGCUCAUGGUUAUUGGGAUCUGGUCUGGCAGUGGCGAGGCCCUCAGCGUAUCCAAGCAUUUCUUUGGAUUUGCAUGUACAAUAAACUUUUCACGAAUUAUGAUCGCAAUAGACAACAUUUAACAGAUGACCCAAGCUGCCCUGUUUGUCACAAUGGCGUGGAAACCAUCUCUCAUGUGUUACGAGAUUGUCUGGUAGCCAAGGCCUUAUGGUUGCAGUUCUUGCCCUCCUCGGAUAAUACCAGGUUCUUUGAUCUGAACUUUAAAGAUUGGAUGUUUCGUAAUUUGCGGAAUGAUUUUACUGCCAGGGAAAAUCUUGAUUGGAAGAUGCUCUUUGGGUUUACCUGUUAG